AUGCCCACAAACUGUGGACACACAAAAUCCACAUACACAAUCAGUAACACUCAAGAAAAGGGGAGUCUUACAGGAAUCGCCAGGAAAGGGCCGUCUGUUUUUAUUUUUGUUGAUGUGUUCGCGGCCGAAAGAGAAUCUCCGAGGAGGGGGCAGAGAAAGAAGGUAAAAAGUGAACUCAGGCAACAGCCCUCGGGGGGGAAGGAAGGGGGCGCACCCCUGACCCACUUUUUCCGACGCCCACCCUCCGGUCCCCGCCCCACGCGGGUGGAAGUCCGAGCUCUGAGGGGGGUAAUCGAGCGGGGCGUGGGAGGCCCGCACGCUCCCCACUCCCAGCCGCGACCCGGGGACGGGGAGCGUGCAGAGAGGCUCGGCUCCCCCUCGCGGAGUCCUGGGGGCCGGAGAAACCUCCCGCCGGCUCGCGGCCCGGGUCUGCAAGGCCCCCUCCACCGCCUGGGCCGAGGGCGCUGCGGCCCCCAGCGGAGGGGAAGGGGACCGAGGAGGGGAAGAAGCUGUAAACAGCCCCAGCGUCCGGGCCUCGCCUCGAAGAGCCCCGCUUCCCAGGCCCCGCCGCGGGCCGCCAGGACCUCCAGCCCGCCCCGGGGGCGACCCUCCCGGGGCCCGGGGGACCAGAGGAGAGUCCAGUCCCCUCCCCGGAGGGCUCCGGCCGCUCUCCGAGCGGUCCCAGCAGCAGAGAAGGGGGAAGUCAGGACUUACCUGUCAUUACUUUCUACGCCAUCUUGGAUCCACUUGUCAACGUCCCCACAAAGCAUUAUGGAUCCUCGGUGCAAGGCGGCGGUCUCCUGUGACCGGCUUCCCGCCCGGGCAGCCGGGAGGCGUCUUCAGGGCCCGGGAGCCCAGCAGCCCUGCAAACCACCCGGCACUCUGACUCCCGCAUCCGCGGACCAAAAAGUGCCCCUGUCCUGAUAAACCGCUCCGGAGCCGUCGGGCUCCGGGAUCUGGGCGACACGGUGUCCCCGAGUCAACUAGUGUCGAAGCGCACUUGGGGGGGGUGGGGGUAGAGUAAUAAAGCUAAAGGCAACUUUUA